AUGAAUAAAGACCAAUUACAAAAAGAAUUAAAAGAAAAAAUUAAGGCAGGAAUAAAACCCUCCGACUUAAAAAAGCCAAAGAAAUUAUCGGAGGAUGAAGGCUAUGAAAGUGAUAAGUCGGAUAAACCUAUCCCAAAACCACCACUUCCACCCAAUAAUUCAAUUCUAACCCUCCAAAAACAAAUCGAACUCCAUAAAGAAAUAAAAAAAGCCGAUGAAAAGAAAAAGCAAGAACUCCAAGAAAAAAUAAAAACUGUCAGCCAAGAAAAAGACCAAUAUAAGCAAACUAUUAAGCAAUUAGAAACUAAAAUCCAAGAGCAAGGCAAAACUAUACAGGAAUUAAAAAAGCAAGGCAAAAACACGGUAGAUAAUAAAGAGGAAACAAUUAAAACUUUUUUCUGUGAUGCUUGCCAAUUAACCAAAAUAGGAAAUUAUGUUAUUAGAAAAGUAGAUAGUCCUUUUGAACCCCGUUUACAUGAAGGAGAAAGAGUAAAAUGGGGAGUGGCAUCUGCUCCUAUUAGAAAAAUAGAAAUUCCUUGGUAUACUUUAAGGAAUAAGAAAAUGUUCUUUCCAACAGUUCCCCAUGAGGUAUCUCAUAUAAGUGCUUAUGAAAAAAAGUAUAAUUUUCAACCAAAAGUAAAAGGAGUUCUUGAAGGACUAGGUAGCAUUAUACAACAAUAUUAUGACUUGCCUCCUUUGGUUAGAAAUAACCCUCAAAUUAGGAAAAAUUAUUGA